AUGUCUGAUGAUGAUGACUUUAUGCAGGACUCCGACCAGGAGGAGUAUGACUUUGAGUAUGAGGAUGAAGAUGACGACGAGUCUGGUGAUAUCGGCAUCGAGAACAAAUAUUAUAAUGCGAAACAGAUAAAGGUGGACAAUCCCGAAGAGGCAAUCGAAGAGUUCCUAGGAGUCCCCGCGCUGGAGCAAGAUAAAGGUGACUGGGGCUUCAAGGGAUUAAAACAGGCCAUCAAACUAGAAUUUCGGCUCGGUCGAUAUGAAGAUGCAAAGCUCCUCACGUACGUCAAAUCAGCCGUUACUCGAAAUUACUCGGAGAAGUCGAUCAACAACAUGCUAGACUACAUUGAAAAGUCAUCAGACGACGAAAAGGCAUACCAUUGCAUGGAGAAAUUCUACUCAUUGACACUUGAAUCGUUCCAGAACACUAACAACGAGCGUCUUUGGUUGAAGACAAACAUAAAACUCGCAAAGCUUUGGCUGGAUAAGAAGGAAUAUGCGCAACUUAGCAAGAAGCUUAAAGAGCUCCACAAGGCCUGCCAACGGCCCGACGGAACCGAUGAUCCUUCCAAGGGAACAUAUUCGCUAGAGAUAUACGCUCUAGAGAUUCAGAUGUAUGCCAAUACUAGGAACAACAAGAGGUUAAAAGCGCUAUACCAAAGGGCACUCAAAGUUCGAUCUGCUGUUCCGCAUCCAAAGAUUAUGGGUAUCAUACGUGAGUGCGGCGGCAAAAUGCAUAUGAGCGAAGAGAACUGGAAGGAAGCUCACAGCGACUUCUUUGAGUCAUUCCGCAACUACGACGAAGCUGGAUCGAUGCAGCGCAUUCAGGUGUUGAAGUAUAUGGUUCUAGCGACAAUGUUGAUGAAGUCGGACAUCAACCCAUUUGAUUCCCAGGAGACGAAACCUUACAAAGAUGAUCCUCGAGUUUCUGGCAUGACUGACCUUGUAGAUGCCUUCCAACGUGAUGACAUCCAUGCCUAUGAGGCAGUCCUCCGGAACAAACCAGAUCUCUUGGAGGACCACUUUAUCGCUGAGAACAUCGGCGAAGUUAGCCGUAACAUGCGUACCAAGGCCGUCAUGAAACUCAUCCAACCCUACACUCGCUUCACCCUCGCAUUUGUCUCCAAGAAACUCAAGAUCUCCGUUACUGAAGUCCAAGAUAUCCUCAGUUUCCUCAUUCUCAACGAAGAGCUAGUGAAUGCGAAGAUUAACGAAGAAGAUGGCAUUGUGGAAAUCAGUCGAAUAUGCAAUCUCGAUGAUGACCGCUCCAACGCCCUGCUACUUUGGAAUCAUAAUCUUAAAACCUUGUACGAUGCAACCUUCGAGCAUGCUGAAGGGUUCAAGCCCGAUCAUGCCUACAACAUGCACCCCCUGAUGGGAGGCUUCGGUGGAAUGAGAUUUGGCCAUGCUUACGCCCAUGAAUCCAUCGGGCUAUCAAGCAUGGGUAUGGGUAUGGGAUUUGGAGAUAGAUCAUUCAGACAAGCCAAAGGGAAAACCGGUCGACCAGGUUGGAGCAAGCUUGCAUCUUAA